ACUACGGCUUCACCUACCACUCCAAGUCCAAUCCACUCCUCAUCUAUACAUAUACAUAUAUAGAUAUAGAUGUAUGUAGCGGGGUUGUUGAGAAACGGAUCCUCUUCUUCAAGGCUUCGUUCGUCGCAUCGGUGGUCUUCUUCUUGUUCUUGGAUUUAGGAGGGGGAUAUGCUCUGUAGAAUUUUGAGAUCUGAGAAACCUGAGGAUGGCUCAAGAAGGCCGAAACACCGAUGAGCCGGUUGUCCUUGGAGAGGGAAAAGGCGAUGUGAGAUUGUUAACUCUCAACCGUCCUCGUCAGUUGAAUGUCAUCUCUCCGGAAGUGGUGUCCAAACUUGCAGAAUAUCUCGAGAAGUGGGAGAAAGACGGAACAAAGCUUAUACUGAUCAAGGGUGCUGGGAGAGCUUUCUCUGCUGGUGGUGAUCUAAGGAUGUUCUAUGAUGGGCGGAAUUCAAAGGAUGCUUGUCUCGAGGUUGUUUACCGCAUGUACUGGCUUUGCUAUCAUAUUCACACAUACAAGAAAACCCAGGUUUCUCUUGUUAAUGGAAUUUCAAUGGGAGGAGGUGCAUCCUUGAUGGUCCCGAUGAAAUUCUCAGUCGUCACUGAAAAGACUGUUUUUGCAACUCCAGAAUCAAGCAUUGGGUUCCACACUGACUGUGGCUUCUCAUACAUUCAUUCACGUCUUCCUGGUCAUCUUGGAGAUUUCUUAGCUUUAACCGGAGCAAGGCUGAAUGGCAAAGAACUUGUUGCUGCUGGCAUGGCAACACACUUUGUACCUUCCGAAAAAUUGGUGGAUUUGGAGGUCCGACUCGUGAGUUUAAACUCUGAUGAUCCAGAUGUAGUCUUAUCUGCUAUUGAAGAGUUCUCUGAGAAAGUCCAUCUCGAUGAAGACAGCAUUCUAAACAAGCAGUCAAUAAUUGAUCGGUGCUUCUCGAAAGACAGCGUGAAGGAAAUCAUACAAGCAUUUGAAGCUGAAGCAAGUAAAGAAGGAAAUGGAUGGAUAAGUCCAGUUCUGAAGGGGCUGAAGCGGUCAUCCCCCACAGGAUUAAAGAUAACCUUACGAUCGAUCCGUGAAGGUAGAAAACAAACACUGGCUGAAUGCCUCAAGAAGGAAUUCCGACUCACCAUGAAUAUCUUGAGGACCACCGUUUCCCCUGAUGUCUAUGAGGGAAUUAGAGCUCUGACCAUUGAAAAGGAUAAUUCCCCAAAGUGGAAUCCGUCGACCCUUGAAGAAGUUGAUGAUGAGAAGGUCGACUUGGUGUUCAAACCCUUUGGGGAUGAUCUUGAACUUCACAUCCCUGAAACAGAAGAAUCCAGGUGGGAUGGCAAAUACGAGAAUUCGGUCUAUGCCAAGCAAGGAUAAGACCGGGGCAAUACUUUGGUUCUCCCAACUGCGGUGAUUUGCAUUGUGCCUUAGCAACUGUAACUGAAACUGCAUGUAUAAGUUGGUCUUUCUGGUCAGGCUGUGUUAUGUUCUUCAAUUUGGUCUUGUCUCUACCAACAUCUGUGACUAUUGGGUCAUUGGAGAGAGUUAAAGAGUGUUAUGCCUUAUUUUGUGGAUGCGUCUGUCAUGUCUAAUCUCUGUCUUAUUAUAAUCAAUAUUCAAGAAGUUUUAAUUUGUGAUGAA